UUGUAGAAGCAUAUAUUAGGUGGACCGGAAAGUAACGUCGCUUUCUAACCUUACAUUCACACGAAUAAAUUUCUAACAAAUUUAUAUUUUUAAUCAAUAAUAUAAUCAACUUUGUUAUGAACAACCUUUCUUCAUCUAGUAUGCAAAUUUUUAAUAUCAAAUUGAUAAAAAUCAAUCGGUUUUUGAUAAAAAUAUACAAAAUUUGACAUAUGUAGAAACGACAUUAUUUUCCGGUCCACCUAAUAUAGUAGUAUUAUUCUAUUUUGGGUGGAGAAUAUAUCGUUGAUUAAAAAUAUUAAUUGUUUAAAGGAUUAAUAAUCAAUAAUGGCUUAUGAAUAUGGUGUAUUUAAAUAUAAUUGUUACGUGAAGUUAAAUUCCUUAAAUGGGUCAUUCAAAAAAUUCACUGCUGAUAAUGACACUAUGGAUGAAUGGUUAGAAGAUAUGAAAAAGUGAUAUACAUUGGAAUUUUAAUUUUAUAUUAUAGUCUAUUAUUCUUCCAUGACAUUGUUGGAUAACGAAAGAAGAUAACAUGGAAGAAUCAUUGGUGUCAAUCUCAGUAAUGAGCGAACCGAACCAGCGAAUGUAAGAUGUUAAACAGAGAAAGAAAAGGAAGGACCUCACAUAAAAAUAGAAUUCAAUGACAAGGAAAAAUAAAAUAUAAUUAAGGUUUGUAAAAUUCCAAAUUGUUUCUAAUACCAUCAAAAAUGACAGUUACGGAUAAUGUUCAAGAUAAACGUAACGCUAAUCUUUACGUUUUAAGUAAUAACUCUCUUGAACAAGAAUAUGGUCAAACUAAACCAAAAUUUACGAACACCGAAGAGUCAUUGGAGGCUACAAAUGUUCAGGGAAAUUCGAAUGAAUUCGUUGAGCCUAGUUCUGAGGCGAAACUCAUAUCAUCGGAAGAAGAACCAAAAUUAAAUACAUCUAACGAUUCUAAAUCAAAUAGAUCAAAGAAGAACGAAAACGAGGAAUCGCUUGUAAAAACAAAUUGGCAAGAAGAUGUGGAAGCUAAUAAUACUGAUAAUCAUAUUCCACCUGAUGGUGGUAUCAGAGCUUGGAUGAUCUUGUUGAGUAGUUUCUUUAUCAAUGGUAUUUUAUUUAGCGUUAUCAACACCUACUCUUUAAUUUACCUCGAACUACAAAAAAAAUUGACGGAAGCCGGAGAGACGGAAGUAUCUUCUAAAGCAUCUUUAGUUGGAUCAUUGACCAUCGGUACGACAUUUUUCCUAUCGCCAAUCGCUGGUAUUCUCACCGAUAAAAUUGGUAUUCAGAUGACUACAUUUUUAGGAGGUGCAAUUGCAUCAAGUGGUAUGCUUCUUUCUUCGAUGCUUUCUGAUAAGGUAGAAUUAUUGUAUCUGACUUAUGGUGUCAUGUAUGGACUCGGUGCAAGUCUUGCUUACACCCCGAGCUUAGUUAUUUUAGGACAUUAUUUUAAAAAAUAUCUGGGAUUAGUAAAUGGUAUAGUUACGGCUGGUAGUUCUAUAUUUACAACACUUUUACCAUAUCUGAUGGAUGCCCUUUUACGAAAUUUCGGAUUAGAAGGAACGUUUCGAAGUUUAGCAGCGUUAACUGCAAUUAUUAUGGCUUGCGCGCUACUUUUUAAACCGAUACCACUUAAAAAAUCUCCACGAUAUCGAACAACGCAAACUACGAAAUUUCGAGAUUGUUUGAAGGAAGUUAUCAAUGUAUCUAUAUGGAAAAAAAAACGAUACGUUGUCUGGGCAGUUUCUAUUCCGCUGGCUUUAUUUGGAUAUUUUGUACCAUACGUACAUAUCGGAAAAUUUGUAGUUACAAUAUUUAAAGGCUCUGAUGGAAAAUUGCCAGUUAUGUGUAUUGGUAUUACUUCUGGAAUAGGUCGAUUAAUAUUCGGUUAUAUUGCCGAUUUGCCAAAAGUAAAUAGAAUAUUAUUACAGCAGGUAUCAUUUCUAAGCAUCGGUAUGCUUACAAUGUUACUUACCGUAACACCAUCUUUUAAUAUUCUACUACUCAUUUCUUUAAGUAUGGGAUUAUUUGAUGGAUGUUUCAUAUCAUUAUUAGGUCCAAUUGCUUUCGACAUUUGUGGUCGUGAGGGUGCAACUCAAGCAAUUGGAUUUUUAUUAGGAAUGUGUUCUAUACCUUUGACAGUAGGACCACCAAUCGCGGGUCUUUUAUACGAUCAUACCGGUUCCUACGAUUUGCCUUUCUUAUUGGCUGGAAUACCGCCAAUAAUUGGGGCAUUAACUAUGUUUUUAAUAAAAUGUGUUAAGGAAACAGAUAGUGAAAAUGAUGCUGAUUCAAUUACCGAAGAUCCAACGGCAAAAUCAACAUGUCAAAAUGGAAUGACAAAGGGUAACCUACUAUCAUCAUCUUUUGUAACAACUACUCGACCUGAUUAUGGACUACAUGAAGAUAAAACAAGGAUAAAGAAGUAUCCAUACAUACAGACUAAACAUGGAUCUACAGGAAUAUUCACUAUCAAAUCUAAUAAAAGUGGCACCAGUAGUGAUUAUUGGCAGAACUCAAGAUAUUCAGAAAGUGCACCUUUAUUAUCUGACAAAAAUCAAAUUUUAUUGUCAAGAACAUCAUUUUUACAACGUAAAGAGCAAUCAUCGAUGCCUUUUACAUUGUAAUAGCAAAGUAAUAAUGAAUUAUUGUAUCAGUUACAUAAAAAAUGUCACAUAGAUAUUUUACUUUUAUUUUUAUACUGUUAUUUGAUAAAUUUUUAAUAUAUUG